AUGAGUAUUCCUGAACAGCCUUGUACGAAACAGCAAAAACUAAACAAUGCUUUGAAGAUCCAGCUAAGGUCAAAAGACGCUACGGUCCCAACGAAAGGCUCUGUCAAUGCCGCUGGGUAUGACAUCUACGCUUCCAAAACCACUGUUAUUCCAGCCAGAGGGCAGGGCUUGGUCCCCACCGACGUAUCCUUCACCGUGCCUGUUGGAACAUACGGCCGCAUUGCGCCGAGAUCCGGCCUUGCCGUGAAACAUGGUAUCAACACCGGUGCAGGUGUUAUCGACAGGGACUACACAGGCGAAGUCAAAAUCGUGCUCUUCAACCACUCUGAAAAGGACUUUUGCAUCGAAAAGGGCGACCGCGUCGCCCAGUUGGUGCUAGAAAAGAUUGUCGAUGACGCAGAAAUCGUUGUCGUCGACUCGCUAGAGGAAAGUGCUAGGGGUGCCGGAGGGUUCGGAAGCACCGGCAAUUAG